AUUUUGGAAGCAGGGUGUGGUUGGCUAAAUUAUUGCUCCUCCCACAGCUCCCUGCUAUGUUUCCAGUUUCAGAGGGAAAAACACAAGCUUGUAUGUUGAGAGUGAGUCAUAACCUUUCUUCUGCUACUGACUCACUUGGGAGUUUGAGGGUCGCGUGUUAGUUUUGUUGGAGAGGGGUGCAGGCUCUCUCUGUUACUCGGCGAGAGAGCUGGCAGAUGUCCCAAGUGAGAGAACCUCUUCCUCCGGGGCCUGGAGGGCCAGAGCAAGCUCCGACUGAAAACAGCUCUUUGAUCUCCCUCCCUCUAGGAAAAACUGACGAAGAGACUACUGUGGCAGGAGAUAAAGACAUAAACCAGCCUUCCAGUAAUCAAAGUAUACAAGCAGAGAUACAAGAGCAGUCCAUCUGGGGAAAUCGCACUGAUGGUGACCUCAUCAGAACACAACCUCGACGUUUGCCUCAGCCAAAUACUUCAGCACUGGAAAGGAGUGAGGAAGAAAGUGGAAAAAUCCAAAAUGGCCAUGUGGGUCUGAGUAAUGGAAGUGGAAUUCACAACGGGGUCAAGCAUAUGCCUGCAGACAACAGAAAGCUUUCAUCUCCUGUUUCAGAAAAAAUGCACAGAAAAAUUCAGUCCACCUUGUCUGUCAACAGCAACAGCAGCAAGAAGAAUAAAAUAAGCUCUGUGUUUUCUCAAAAGCCAGGUACUUCACCAGAAGAUUGCUGUGUUCACUGUAUCCUGGCUUGCUUGUUCUGUGAAUUUCUCACCCUCUGCAACAUUGUUCUGGGACAAGCAUCCUGUGGCAUCUGCACAUCGGAAGCCUGCUGCUGCUGCUGCGGGGACGAGAUGGGGGAUGACUGUAACUGUCCAUGUGAUAUGGACUGUGGCAUAAUGGACGCGUGUUGUGAAUCUUCAGAUUGCUUGGAGAUCUGCAUGGAAUGCUGUGGGAUCUGCUUCCCAUCAUGAAAUAUUUAUCCCUUUCUAUUUUAUUCUCUAUAAAACUGGAGAGUUUUCUUUAAAUACAUUUGAAGAAAGACUAGGUAAGAUUUUCACACUUGCACUGUUAAUUCUCUUUAUAUAAAUAUUUUUUUAAAAAGUAAUCCUCAAGUCUGUAUUCUAACACAAAUGGUAUAGUUUUGUAUGUGAAACUAAAGCUACAUUCCAGCUUCCUUUUGGCUUUGCAAAUGGAAGAGUUUACAGAAAGUGAAUUCUAGGCCUGAUACUGCAGUCCACAUGAAGGCAAAAUUGCCAUUUGAAUCCAGUGAAUCAAGGUUUUGGUCAGAGAACAGACUGCAAGGCAAAGCCUUAAGUAUUUGCUACAUAUUUUAAUGUUUAAACACUCAAAUGCCUCCAUGCAUAACAUGUCCUUACAGGCAUUCUGAAAAAUCAAAGUAUCUCUGUUUCUCUCUGGGUUGAAAGCAACUUUGCCCUAUUAUUUUAAACUUAAUUCAAAAGUCAGCAUUAGAAAUAUACUGUUGGUUUUGCUACAGUGGUCAUGUUGGAAAUAUGUCUUUUGUUUUGAAUAUCUCAUUAAUUAGAGAGCAAUUCCCAGUAUUUUACAUUGCUGAAAUAAUCUGGCAAUCUAAAAUCAAAUCUAAGUUUUGCCCUGGACUAGAAGAGUACCAGGAUUUCUUUGUCAUUAAUCAAGACAGAAUAGAGACCUUAUCAUUUUAGUUCAGUACUAUUAUUACUUGAAAUGCUUCAUCUUAGAAAGAGACUUUGGAAAUCUGUCUAUGAAAUGUAUCCUUCGAGUAAUAAACCAAUAGACUAACAAUACCUCAAAAAUUGGGUAAAGAAGGAAAAUUGUUAGAAGUUAACUCAAGAAUCUAAACCAGUACGUUAAGUGGCCUGGUCAGUGUUUGUGCCUUUGGAGCCAGUGUCACAUAACUUAGUAUUUAUUUCUUUAUGGUGUAAGAAAGAUCUACAGAAAGUAGCAGAAUUUAAACAGGAUAUAAAAACAAAACUGACUUAAUCAAGGAAUUAUGUCAUUAAAUGCAAAGAGCAAGUGAAAAAAUGAUUAUUCUCAGAUACAUUUAAAAUGUUAUUUUUAAAUAACUGUGUAAAAAAAGAUAAUUAAAAAUAUAUGUUUUAUGCUUUAAAAAUAAAAGUGUUGGUAUUUAAAAUUUUGAAAAAUACAGUUAGGAUCUGUUGGACCUAGCUGUAUAUUCCUAUUACACCAUUAAGGUUUUCCAAGAAAUAACUGUCUUUUGUAGUUUUAAUUGUGGAACACAUAAAGAGGUUUAUGGCAUUCCCAGAUAUAGGGAAUCAAAGUACCCAUUUUCUUUACUGUCUGCUAAUUUCCUCCGUCCAUGUAUGUAGCUUUUCUGUGUAAAACACCCAAACAUCUUGAUCUCACAUACUUAAACUUUCCUGUUUACACUCCAGAUAUUCCAUUUUUUGAGUGUAAAAUUGUAGAUCUCCUAAAUUCAGUCCUUGUUACAAGAGUCAUCAAUAGCCAAUAGCAUGUAUGUUGAGUGAAUUGGCCAUAAAUGCCUCUUUCUAUUAUAGUGAAUUCAGUUUAUGCAAAUGUGACAAGCUAAAGAUCACAGGAUCUUUAGAAACUAAGUCUACAAACGGUCUGAUAUUAACCAAAGCUUCUUCUUGUGAACACUGACUAGUAGUGCCUACUACUGCAAGUUAUCACUGAAGCUGAAUCCUUAACUUUACUAGGAAGCUGGGAAGUGUUACAUUUUGCCUUGGUGUAUGCAAUAUUGUGGUGUAUUCUGAUGCAAUGCAGAUUCACCCUCAGAGGGUUUCCUAAUCUGUUUUUUGAUAGUUGCUACAGGUAUUAUUCUUAUUAUGUUUUUGUUUUUUUUUUUCCUCCCCAUAUAUUGGGCCAGAUUCUAAUCUGUAUUGCAUAAACUAAGUGCAUUUCCAUUCAUGUCAGAAUUUCCUAUUGGUUAAAUUCCAGUUAGAGAGCACAAAAAUAUUAUGGUAAUAGGCAGGCUAAUAAGGAAUAAUAUAGUUAAAUUGAUAAAUUCCCAGUGCUCAGAAUCAGGCUCAUGGGGCUCAAUUAUGACUCCUAAAAGGCUGAACCACAUUGGGAAGGGGGAAGAGGUGCCUUGGUUGAGUGGCAUUGCCUGGAGGCAUUUUGUCUUUGUAAGGCAUAAUGCCUCUGGGGAAAUUGGGGGCAUCACAGUGAGCAUUGGGACUCAAUGCACCUUGGAAAAGUCUAGACAGUACUUUGUCCAUUGUAGGUCUGUGGUUGACACCAUGGUUGUGGGAACAUGUUCUCUGGGGCUAGACAGCACCAUGAACUCCCUUUUGUCCUUCUGGUCACAGAGAGGUGAAUUAUGGCUGUUUCUUGUCUGAUUGUGCUUUUGGGACAGGGAAGAGGACUUCCAGUCUCUUGUCCUGCCCCAAUAUCCAUGCCCUGCUGGUGCAGUUCCAGUUCCGUGCAUGGAAAAUGCACAUUUGUGUAUCAUGCUUUUAGUGAAUGCUAGAUUUUACUAAAAAUUCUUUUUACCACAGGUUGAUAUGAUUAAAAAAAAAAAAAUAAAAAAAAAAA